AUGAUCGGAAGACAUGGGAUUGUGCGACAGGGAGGAAAGAUAAUACGGAUACGGCAAAGACAUGGCCUGAGGCCACAGUCUCAACAUAUUGGGUGUGUCAUUGAAAACCAUACCCUUCCAAGCAAUAAUUUCGUCGAAUGUGAUUGCAACAGCAGCAGCAGUCAAUAUCAACCAUUUUCUCGAAUACACGUCCGAUCAUUUUCGCUACUCCCGCCACCACCUGUCAAAGAAGAAACCAACAAGCUAAAUCCAGUCAACAAUAAUAAAGGAACCCUGGUCUCCAUUCUACCCAUAGCUACCGAAGCGCCACCAAAACUAUCCAGAAAACAUCAUGACAAACGAAAAAGAUCAUCACGGACCAGUUCUACUAGUAGGCGAUCCCAAAAACCAGAUGAGAAUGGAGCGGCAAGUGGGGCAUCCACCAGAACCAGGAGAAGAAGAAGACCGAAAAGCAAGCAAAAGCCAGACGAAGCUCCUUCUAGUAGUGCAGAUGAUAAAGAACCACUACAAUCAGCAUUGCCUACAAAUCCACGCAAAAUCGCAAUUCGCCUCAAUGCAAAAAUGGAGCAAGAAUUGCAAGAUUGGUAUGAAAAACAUCAUGGAGUCUCGUUUAAAGAAACAUGCAUCUCCUUGAAACGGGUUCAGCUGGACUCACUAGGAAUGUGGAAAGCCAACUUUGCUUGUCCCAUCACUGCAGAGGUUUUUGCAUGUGGCACACUAGAAACGUUAUCAGAACAUGCCAAAGAACACAAUGGGGAAAUCAUGUACAGCAGAAUGGCAGCAGCUCGGGCAGCUGCCGUCGCCCGAGCUUUGGAUUGCUUUCGGUAUCGAGAACAACAACAAAGUAGCCAUGACCUAUCAAGCAAAUGCUGCCUUGAACAACCCUAUGCGUUUGGUGACGCACCCUCGUUGCCAAAAGCCGUGGCAAUACCAGCCGUGGACGCAAAUUUGCAGCUGCACAGCGACGACGAGGAGGAGGAAGAAGAUGAAGAAUCGGAAGAUGAUGACUACUUUUACAUCGGCGAAGAGGACGACGAAGAAUACACCAUUCAAUACCUUCCUGGAAGCAUACAGCCCAGCGACGUGUCACGAGGGGUAGUCGCGAACCCCAUGGCAAGAGUCAUUGGCGAUUGGAUGAGCCAAACUCAUCGAAAGCAACGGACAAACGGUCCAGUGGCACAUUUGAUCUUCGCACCAGACCCUGAGACUGAACUGCAACAUCAGAUUGAGAAUGCCCGCACCUGGAUCAACCAUGAACAGUCCAAAAAUUACCAUGGCGAUAGCAACAACAAACAAGAACCAGACGAACAUCGGGUGAUGCUACAAGCCGUUGAUUCCCCCCAUUCUCUCGAAAUUGCCUACAGCAUCCUCAACGGUCUCGCGCAAGCGAACCGUCGCGUCGCAUGGCAGGACAAACCUCGUGGAGUAGAUGACAUUGCCACGAGAAUUGUUCGCUAUCUGUGGUCCACCACAUCUGCUCAACCAAAUGCCAGUACCUAUGUGGCCUACCUUGGUUGUUUGGAGGGUCCCAGUCCACUGGAUGUAGCGAUGCGUGCCAAACUGCUAUUGGAUAAUAUGAAUGAGGAGGCUCCCGCAGACGUUACCGGCGAGAAAUUCUAUCCAAAGCCAUCGAUUGGGGUCGUCAAUGCUGUGAUACAGUUGUGGGCACAAGUUGGAGGCGAAUCGGGAAGAUUCAGUCUUGACAACAUUGACAACCCAAAUAGAGAAACCUUCCUCUCUGUGCUUUCUUCUAUGUGCUACCCAGCCACCGUGGAAGGAGAAUUUGGAGGUUUUGACCCAAUCUUUGCACAAGAUGUCUUUGACAAAAUGAAGCUUCUUGCGGACCAGAAUCCCACAGAUGGAACCUUGCAGCCUGACAUUCAGUGCUAUAAUGCCGGCCUUCGAUGGAGUGGGGGCUUACAAUCUACACUCUCCCGUCCCCACAUGAGGGCUGUCCCAUGGGAUUCUCAUGCUGAGAUUUUUCGAAACGGGUUCUUGCCAUUCAACGAGGACUGUCAAGCUGUACAAGAUGCAUACAGAAUGAAUGCUUGGCUCGAGGAGAUGAUGACCCUCGAUAGUGUCAAUCCAAACAUUGAAACCUAUGAAGCUGUUAUUCAAGCGUAUAUCCGGACUGGCACAAAGAAUGGGGUCAAGCAAGCCGAAGCGCUGCUAAACUCCCUGAUUGGCACGUCAUCGCUGGAUCCAAAACCACGAGCUCAGACGUUCCACCCAGUAAUAGCAGCAUGGGCUUACUCGGGCCACAAAGACGGGCCUCAAAACGUUAAUAAAUGGAUCGGUCUUAUGGAAGCAUGCGUCGAGGAGUCUGAUAGUGAUCUGAGACUGCUCGAGGCGCCACUGAUAGCAAACGCAACCAGAGUGGUCAGACGCAUGGAGGAAACCAAGGAGCUAAGCGAAUCCGACUCUUUCGAUUUGGUGGAAAUUGCCCAUGAUUGCAGCGCAAGCCUCGCGGAUCUCUGUGCCAUUCUUCGCGAUGAAAAACACCAAGAUGGUGUGAGCAUUACACUGCAUUCGAAUAUGUUCGUGUUUGUUCUUCAAGUUUGGGGAUUGCUUGUGGGGCGUUUUCUAGAGAGGCCCGAUGGUGCGGAAGAUGCCAAACAAACCCUGCAAAAGAUGUACGAGACCGUUACCGAGUACGAAGCAUUGAUUGCGUCUCUGCACACUUCUCCAGCAUCUGCUAGCAACCGGGCUCAGGUUUCCCAUUUGAUGGAUGCAGCUCACGAAGUGUAUUCUCUGCUCUCAACCACUUUGGGGAACGCAAAGCCGUUUGUUGCUGAUUGGAUGCUUGAGCAGUAUCUAGUGAACGUUGAGAAGUGGGUUCGAAGGGUUGGCGAAUUCAACCGCAUUCAAUCCUCAAAGAGCAAGAGAAACUCUGCCCUGGUACAUGGGGAUAUGUACUCGUAUGGCUACCUUGAACACAAGGCACUGGCAGUCCCCGAGUCGUCGGCAGGUUACUUCAUGCUCGUGCUAAAGACUCUGCAAGACGACGUUGAUGUCGUCUCAACGCAUCGGCGAGGGGAUAUGAUACGGUUGUGCAUGCUGAUUAUGAGGGUGUUGCCAUUUAUCAGUAAUGAUUUGAAUCCUCAGCUAUCUCUGUCGGCGACAUACAAGGAAGUCGUGAGGACAGUUUGCCAACUGGCAAGGAGCCCCAACGAAACCGAAGCGCUCCUCUGGAUGAUUUUGAAUCAAGUAGAGUGGCUUCAAGGACAACAACCUAGUUUCAAGAUCGAUCGUGGAGCCAUUGUCAAAGAGAUGCGAAAGCUCUGUCCCUCGUUGCCAGGCAACUACGAAAGGAGGAAUCGAUCUCGAAACUCGAGACGCUCUGGUUUUGGUAGACCAUUUCGUCGCACUCGCAGCGGCACGCCACCUCGGCGUUCGAGCAGCACACAAACAAACGCGGUUGAAGACCUGCAAUGA